GUUUAAAAGGGACCAGGCUAGUCUGUCACAAUUAAUGGGUAAUCUUGUAGGGACAUCAACUAUGAACAUCUUCAAGAAGAAGGAGAAAAAGCCUCUCCCCAUUGAAACAAUGUUCAAGCUUCCAUCUCCAAUACCCAUUUGGCCACCGGGCGAUGGUUUUGCAAGUGGAACCAUUGAUUUGGGAGGGCUAGAAGUGUUCCAAGUUUCGAACUUCACCAAAAUUUGGGCAACCCAUGAAGGUGGACCGGAUAAUCUAGGUGCGACGUUUCUUGAACCGAGUUCUAUACCCGACGGAUUCUUUGUUUUGGGAUUUUAUGCACAGCCCAACAAUGUUUCUCUCUUUGGACGGGUAUUGGUGGCAAAGGAUGUCACAAAUGACCCCGAAAACUCAACUCUAAAGCAACCGAUUGACUAUACUCUUGUUUGGUCGAGCCAGCCCGAGCCAAUCAAGCAAGAUGGAAUCAGCUACAUAUGGCUGCCCACACCGCCCGAAGGCUACAAGGCCGUCGGGCAGCUAGUCACCACCACACCCGAAAAACCUUCCCUUGACAAGAUUCGAUGUGUUCGGGCCGAUCUAACCGAUGAGUGUAAGUCGGAUGAGUGGAUAUGGGGAAGAAAUAAUCUCAAUGUCUAUAGCCUUAAACCAAGCAAUAUAGGGAUCCAAUCAAUGGGAGUCCCCACCGGCACGUUUCUAGCUCAAAUUGACGGAUCAUCGGCUGGUCAAACCAUAGCUUGUUUGAAGAACGUCAAGAUGAAUUUAUCUUCUAUGCCUAACAUAAGUCAAAUCAACGCUCUUAUGCAUGAGUAUUCACCUUUGAUCUAUUAUCACCCCGACGAAGAAUACCUCCCAUCGUCGGUUGGUUGGUAUUUCGAUAACGGUGCCUUGCUUUACAAGAAAGGGGACGAGUCUAAUCCUGUCCCAAUUGACCGGACAGGAUCAAACCUCCCACAAGGUGGCUGGGACGACGACACUUAUUGGAUCGACCUACCGAUCGAUAAGGUAGACAAGGAGAAGGUCAAGAAAGGAAAUUUAGGUUUCGCCGGAGGUUACUUGCACGUCAAGCCAAUGCUCGGUGCGACAUUCACCGAUAUCGCUAUAUGGGUUUUUUUCCCAUUCAAUGGACCGGCUAGGGCAAAAGUCGAGUUUUUCAAUAUCUCACUUGGGAAAAUAGGUGAACAUGUUGGAGAUUGGGAACAUGUUACUCUUAGGGUGAGUAAUUUUACGGGCGAGUUAACUCGGGUUUAUCUUUCGCAACAUAGCAAAGGAAUGUGGAUCGAGGGUUCAACUAUCGAGUUUAGAGACGGAAACAAGCCCGUGGUGUACUCGUCGUUGCAUGGGCAUGCAUUUUAUUCGAAACCAGGACUUGUCUUACAAGGCAAAGGAGGGAUAGGUAUAAGAAAUGACACGGCAAAAAGUGAUAAGGUGAUGGAUAUAGGAGCCCAGUUCUUGGUGGUGGCGGCUGAGUAUUUGGAGGGGUCGGAUGGAGCUGUGGUUGAGCCACCUUGGUUGAAUUAUGCACGUAAAUGGGGACCGAAAAUUGAUUAUGAUAUUGAUGGAGAGAUGCAUAAGGUGGCUAAGUUUUUGCCUGGGAAAUUGAAGAAGGCAUUUGAGAAAUUUAUUCAAAGCCUGCCUAAUGAAGUGUUGGGAGAGGAAGGGCCUAUUGGGCCUAAAAUGAAAGAUGUUUGGAAUGGAGAUGAAAGGACCUGAUUGAUUGGGCUUAUAAGUUACAACUUACAAUGAACAUAUUAGUGUUUGAAAAUAAAAUUAAUAUGUUGGUUUUAUAAUUUCUCAUAUCUAUUAUUUAAUUAUUAAUUUAUAUAUAUAUAUAUAUAUAUAUAUAUAUAUAUAUAAGAAGUUGUUAACUUUGUGUAAAGAAAAACAUUAAAUGAUUACAUUUCA